UAAGUAUAAAACAUUUACCCACUUGAAACUUUGAUAUUUUCAUAGUACGACAAAACGAUGAAGGGCAGUUUUGAAAGGUGACAUUCCACAUUACGAAGGUCCUUGAAGGCACCGGCAGAGACCGCAGGAUUGAGAUUCCAAGAUGGACGAGUCCCACGCGAACGUGAGACAAGCGGCACCGGAGAACCUCGACGACCCUCCCAACAGCCGUCUGUUCCUGGUGGCCAGUCGCUCCGUCACGGAGGAUGAGCUCCGGGACCGCUUCUCCGUGUUCGGCGACAUCCAGGGCGUGUGGGUCGUCAAAGACAAGCAGACGAAAGAGUCCAAAGGCAUUUGCUACGUCAAGUUCGCCAAAUCGUCUCAGGCCUGCCUGGCCAUGGAGGAGAUGCACGGAAAAGUCCUGCUGGACGGAAACAAACCCAUCAAGGUGUUUAUCGCCCAGUCGCGGUCGUCCUCCAGCCACAGAGACGUGGAGGACGAAGAGCUGACCCGGAUCUUCGUCAUGAUCCCAAAAACCUUCUCGGAGGAAGACCUGAAGAACACUUUUAAGGAGUACGGCGACAUCGAAUAUUGCGUCAUCAUCAAGAACAAAUUGACCGGGGAGAGCAAAGGUUUGGGCUACGUCAGAUACUACAAACCCUCCCAAGCGGCCCUGGCCAUCGAAAACUGUGACAAAGCCUACCGGGCCAUCCUGGCGGAACCCCGCAACAAGGCCUCGGCCACGGAAGAUUACAACAGCAUGGCGGUCAGGAGCGACUACUCGGGCGGCGCCGACUCCAUGAGCAUGUACCCCUUCAACAUGGCGGCGCCGGCGGAGCCCGUCAGCUACAACAUGAUGGACUACCGCGGCGGCAGCGGCGGCGCCGACCUGACCCGCUGCCUGAUGGUGUCGACCCGCGCCGCGCUGUCCCAGGAGCAGAUCUUCGCCCUGUUCGACAUCAUUCCGGGGAUGGAAUACUGCGAGCUGCAGCGGGACGCCUACGGGAUGAGUAAAGGUCACGCGAUGAUCCGCUACAGCAAUCUGGGUUCAGCCCUUUACGCCAAAGACAAACUGAACGGAUUCGAGUACCCGCCGGGGAACAGACUGGUUGUCAGUUUUAUGGACGACGGCGAAGAUCGCAGCAGUUCUGUGGGUCGGAUGGCCAUGCAGUUCGUGGCCACCCAGAUGAUGUCAUCGGUUUGGAACGGACCCUCCAACAGCCAAGCCAUCAAACCUCCCAUCGCGUCUCACCUGGGAUUCGCCGGGCCGCCGCCGGCCCCCGUGUCCCGAGUCCAGACGGACGUCAGCCUGCCGCCCCCCAAGAAGCUGGCGCCCCCCGACAGCAAGGCCAAGGAGCGGCUGUUUGUGGUCUUCAGCCCCGCCCCCCUGCCCGUGGACGUGCUGGAGGACGUUUUCGGGCGAUUCGGUUCCCUGAUGGAGGUCCACUUGGUUCCGGGCAGGAAGGUCGGAUACAUGAAGUACGCAGACAAGCAGUGCGCCGACGACGCCAUGGCGACGCUUCACGGCCACGUCGUCAACGGCGUGAAGAUGAAGGUGAUGCUCGCGGAUCCUCCCAGAGAAGAAUCUCACAAAAGACUUCGCACGUACUAGGACGGACGGCAGCGCGUGCCAGGCGACUGUUGUCAUGACAAUACGACCCCCCCCCCGACCUGACAGACCCGACGACCAACACGGACGGAGACCUCUUGACACGACCUUUGACAUCUGUCUGACCUUGUACUUCUGUCCGGUGACCUUGCCCUGACCUCCGAUGUAGCGGGUCACUCCAGUGUUUGUUUUUUUGUAAUUCUUUUAUGAUUCAAAAUCAAUUAACAUUUUCCAAUCUGUGGGAAGAAUUCAGAGGAGCGCGUCGGACCCAUUUCCACGAAAUUAAGUUGACUUUGGCUAAUGGAAGCUUUAACUUGGGUCUCCUAACGAACUCUUCAAGUAGACAUCUGCUAUUUUUUUUUAUUAUUAUUAUUUUAUUUGUGUUUGAGUUUUGUAUGUUCAAAUGUGUUCCCACUGUGAUACGGUUAAACAGAAAUAAAACCAAAAAGGC